GUUUAUGCGUCUAAUCUUUGUAUAAACAGGAAAUUAUUUAAAACUUGAGAUAGUUUCGCAUACCAUUUAUGUUAGAGCUAUAUUGAUCAUAGCCUUCAUAUUGCACAGCCGUAAGCAUGUCAAAAUCAACCAUGUUGAUCAAGGCGUGCUAAAUAAAGAAGUAUGUCGAUUAAUACUGUUCUAUUUAAAGCGUUUUGUAAUUUUCUUUAAGCUAGGACGUGUAAAUAAUGUUAUCAUCAUUUACAGCGUGUGUCUCAUGGUCACUAAACUAGUAUGAUAAGUGUAACGUACCACUGAUACUGUACUUAUAAGGUCAAACUAAACGGAUUUGAUAUAAAAUAGAAUACUACAAAGUAUACAUUCACUAAUGGUUUGCCUUAACAAUAAUAGAUCGAUUAACUUGUUACUCAUUUCUGAGGUAUAUAACAGACAACUAGAAUGUGUUAAUAUCAAAUGACUACUUGUUAAAAUGCCUGUGUUGAAGGAAAUUGCUUUUGGAUAUAUAGAUGGAACUGAGCAGGAAAGUUACUGUCUUGAUCUUUAUUUACCUGACAAUGUAAAGACAGACGAUGAUGUGCUGCCUGGACCGUUUUCAAUCGGAGCAUCUCCUCUUGAAACCGAAACUGAAAUAAAGAGAGGGGACUUAAACGAGGCUGUUGAUGAAUCAAAGUUAAAAUAUGCAAAGUAUUACUGUGAGCUUCCAGAAGAGUGCCAAAAUACAGUUUCGGAAACAGAUGCUUACAAUGUGGAAAGUGACAGCUUCGAAACAACUAAAAGACACAACAACUCAGUGACUGACCCCAAAGCGAACACAAACAUAGAUGCUAAGAUACCUUUUGCUGUAUUUGUUCAUGGUGGCGGAUGGCGUCGUGGAGGAAAGAAUUCCUGGAAACAUUUCCUGUUUUACGAUGUCAAUUUCCUCGUUGCCUUUUUGCAGUAUUUUCUUGGAACUUACGGCAACGUAGGGGAGACUCUGUCUGAUAAUAACAUCGGAUGUGCGGUCAUUUCGUACCCUCUCACCGAACUGGGGAUGCCAGUGCUGCUUUUGGAGAUGGUAUUGUCUUACGUUCAGUGCUGUCUUUGUACGAUGUUGCUGAGUAUACCAAUUUCUUUGUUUGGAUUUAUAAUUCGAACAAAGUUUGUACCACAUCAGUUCAAUUGGGAAAUUAAUGAAACGAGUUCAUUUGAAAUGGAUAUUUGGAAACAAUAUAUUUUGACAGUUUUCCUAGUGACAAAUCUUGCUACUUUGACUUUGCUUGCAAUGAAAAACAUUUCCAAACGGACGCGGACUUCAUCGUUUAUCAUAAUGACUGUUUUUAUAUUGAUAGUCUCGCUGCUUUUGGUCAACAACAUUUCUUUAACCUUUAUGGUAAUAUGUACCGUCAUUCUUAGUCAAAGCCUUAUCCUACACCAGCGUUUACACCGACGGAGACACAAGCACGAUCAUCAGUCGGACGCUGUCGCCCUUGCAGUCAGGUGGUCUAAAGAAUUCUGCGAGCGAUCUGAUAUUGCAGAUUCUUCACAACUUUACCUUAUUGGACACUCGGCAGGAGGACACCUGGUUACUCGAACAGUCCUUGACGAAACUGUUCUAAGUCGAGUCGGAUGCUGUCCUUCUGAUAUUAAGGGUGUGGUUUCGAUAUCUGGUGUGUACGAUCUUCUUUGCCUUAAAAGUCCUUUGCUGCGACAAGUAUAUUUAACACCGACAUUUGGUGAAGAUUGGGUAAACUGGCGGGAGACAUCACCUACAAACCUUGCUGAAAGGCUGGAUAAUUCACAAGAGACGAGACCGUGUUUCUUGUUGCUUAGUGCUGCAAAAGAUCCAUUUUUGAAAGAGCAAGCAUUAGGCUUUUGUAGAGUUUUGAAAGAGAAGCAAUUUCAGUGUGAUCAUUUCGAAAUUACUGGUACCAAUCAUUUCAGUAUUGUAACAGGAUAUAAAACUGUCAAAGGAUCAACUUUUCAUUUUGUUCUUGAGUUUAUUCGUUAAUGAUCUACGCAUGUGUAAUAGUUAUGAACAUGUAAUGUCUGCGUUGAUAUCAUAUACAUAUGAGAGGUCGUCUGGUUUAGUUUAAUGCUUUGUGUCUUAAUGAUUUACAUAACUGAUAAAAUUCAUGAUCCAUCAUAUGCAAGCGUGAUAUGCUACCGAUCGGUCGAUUAUCGUACAUCGUUUGUCUUAAAACCACUAACGAUAUUUGAAUGCUUUCAUUUUAGUUCAUUUUCCGAUACAAUGCACUAUCAUCUGGCAUUCAUCUCUUCUCUUCACCUACGGAGGAUAAACAAAAUAAACUAAGAUUAGGUGUUUUUCAUGUACUGGCUUCUGUGCGGAAAAUGCACGGCUGUCUAUUUUUGUCAAACUGACCAUUCAUAACAACAGAAUACUUGUCAUCAGUGUACUUUAAGUACAACAUUCAUAUUUCGUUUUAUCUAGAAAUGUCUAUGCCGUUGAAAGCAAAAAUGUUUUAAAUGACAUAAAAUAACGAAACAGAUAGAACCUUUUCGCUUUUAUUCCUCACCGUUUCGUUGUGUUGAGCUAAUUAAAAGGGUAACUAUAUAUUGUCAUGUGUUUGCAAGAGUAAAUGUUCUUUAACCGUGUAUAAAAUAUUCCAAAAUGAAAUGCAAUCCUUUGUUGUCGAGAUAUAAAAACAAUAUGGGGUAACAUUUUGUUUUCAUUUGUGCUGUAAAUAGGUGCAUAUCUGAACAACAUUUAAGAAACUUUUAAAAACUGUGUUUAUUUCAUAACGUAUUAUGUAACAGUGAUGCACAAACGUAUGGUCAUAUAAUCUAAUUCAAAAGCAAUUCUUUAUACAUGAAACAAUGUUGUUGUUGGUUUAUCCUACACUUUAGUACCUGUGAUUUGUGUUCUGUUUUGCUGAGCUUAUAAAAGGGCAACCAACGGUGAAAUGGUAUUGCCAUUUGUUCACAAGAGUAACUGAUCUUUAACUGUGUACAAACUAAGUUUUCAAUAAUGCAAUAUAUAUGGCCCACACUUAGUUAUGUAAAUUUACCAUGAAUUCAUGUAACACUGAUAAUUAGUACAUUUGUCUAGCUAUUUGGGUAGUAUUUACAUCAUUUAGUAUUAAAUAUUUGUAUUUUGAAAAUAACUAUCUUGACGUCACUAAAUUCACUUUUCAAAUUUUGUUUCAUGCCUCAUGCAGCCUGUAUAUAUUUUUCAUCUAACAGGCACAUUGUUUAAAAAUAUAAUAGUCUAUUUUUGUCAGUUAAUAAAUAUCUUUUGAGAUUCUAAACUUGUUUUUAAGUUCAAUAAACUGACCAUCUUAGGCUAAGUAAAUCACUUACCCCUUUUAUUAUAUUAAUUGAUGUCAGCCUAUCGUACCUUUUUCUUCAAUACGGUAGUACCUAUUGAGAUCGAAUAAAUGAUUUUUCUUAGUUAGCAGCCUUAAUUUUAGAUUGUUUUAUAGUGACAAGUUAAUUUAAUGAUGCUUGUGCAAUCUGAGAUCUGUAUGCUAUUGUUAAAAGCUUUGUAUUUUAAAUAAAGCUAAAUUCGAGAAAUAAAACACAACUAUAUACAUGUUAGUAUAAGACGAUCUUUAUUAUUAUUCAGCUGCUUUCGGGAUAAAACUCCUCGACGACCCGUCAACUCCGCAACCUCACAUUGGCACUCUUAACAACGGCAUUUGUACUGUAAAUACGUGCAUAUCUGAACAACAUAUAAGAUGCUAAUAACAUCAAAUGGGUGUAUUUUUUUAGUAAGUAUUGACCAUGUUACAGUUAUUACGACGUACAAACGUAUGAUAGAACCCUGACCCCAACAUCACAAAAGUACUCGGGUCAAAUAAAAAUAUAAACUUAUUUUCCCUCAUCAAAUCAAAGAAUGAUUCGAACCCUUGUAUGUUUUUACAAUAAUGUUGAUAAAAAUAUAGAUUAUGUUGACAAAAACAUUUUGUCAAUACUUCAAAUAGAAAUUAUUCUAGAGCCAAAUAUAUAUUCGAGUUAUUGUUAAAAAUCAAAAGGUGUAAUGCAUGUACAAUUUCAAAUAACUUUCAAUGUUAUGUGAUAACAUGAGAUGUGUCUGAGAUUAAGAUUUCACUGGAGUAGUUUUGUAAUAUUGGGGUCUGAUCACUUAAUUAAAAGCAAUUAUAUAAACAUGAAAGAACGUUGUUAUUGUUUUAUCCGAAACUCUACCUGUAUUUUUGUUCUGUUUUGAUGAGCUAAUAAAAGGGUAACCAACGGUGAA